AUGGAGCAAAGUGGGAUCUGCGGCCGGCCGCGCUUCGCACGGUACUACGAGACCGGCAGCAUCCGGCCCGGCGUCAUCGGGGGCUCCAAGCCCAAGGUGGCCACCCCCAAGGUGGUGGAGAAAAUCGGGGACUACAAGCGGCAGAACCCCACCAUGUUCGCCUGGGAGAUCCGGGACCGCCUGCUGGCCGAGGGCGUCUGCGACAGCGACACCGUGCCCAGUGUCAGCUCCAUUAACAGGUCGGGGUGUUUCCCCACCCGGAACAUGGGGCUAAAGUACUUUGAGCUGCCCCAGGGGCAAAGCAGGAGUGAAGUUAGUCUCUAUCCCCUGCCCCUGCUCAGCAGUGCACUGGACGACGGCAAAGCCGGGCUGACCCCCUCCACCACGCCGCUCGGCCGGGGCCUGCCCACCCCCCAGCCCUACUCGGCCGGGCCAGGGCGCGAGAUGGUCAGCUCCACGCUGCCCGGCUACCCCCCGCACAUCCCCACCAGCGGGCAGGGCAGCUACGCCUCCUCCGCCAUCGCCGGCAUGGGGUCCAGCCAUUCCCCCUAUGCCACCUACGGAGAGGCCUGGCGCUUCCCCAACUCCAGCCUGCUGAGUUCUCCGUAUUAUUACAGCUCAGCCUCAAGCCCCCCCGCCCCCCCCACCCCCAGACCCAGAGCCGACUGA